AUGUCGGGAGACGCCACGAUGGACAUCGACGCGAUGCUCGACGGAGCGAUGGAAGCGGCGGCCGCCCACGCGAACAGUGUAAGAAAUACAGUUUUUGCAGGUUUUACCCCAAUUUUCUCGUGAUUUCCUGGAUUUUCGCCGUUUGGCAUCGAUUUUAGCGCCCGGAAAAUGUUGAUUUUCGCAAUUUUCUGAUGAAAAUGUUUUUGCAGAGAAUUGGAGAAAAUCCUAUUUUUCUUGUAUUUUGUAGGAUUUUUGUCGAUCACGCUGUUUUCUAUUGAUUUUCAAUGCAAAGGCGCUGUUGGAAUCAGCGCAACAAGCGAUUUUGGCGGAAGUUAUCGGAUAAUCCGAUUUUUUCAAUGUCUGACUCGAAAUAUCAUUUUUCUGGCCAACUCGCUCUAUUGAGCGACUAAUAGGCUGAAAUAGUAGCGUAGAGCAUCGAAUUCAUGCGAAAAUUCGGACAUUUCGUGGGCACGAGUUAUUCGAAAAUUUAUUGUAAGACUGCAAAAAUUCCUUGUAAAUCCAACAAUUAGCGCUAAAAUCGCCUAGACAACAGCAAAAUCCAGAGAAAAUGCAUCAAAAACAGUAGGAUACACAGAAAGCCUCCUAAAAAUCCGUAUUUUUUCAGGAGAAUGUAAACAACGGAGACUCUUCCGCCGUCAAAUCAUCGGAUCGUUCGAGGUAAGGCGAAAAUGGCGCAAAAUCCACAUAGAAAUGCGAAAUUUCUCGAAAAUUUACACAUUUUCCCCCGAAAAAUCUGUGCCAAAACUAUGACGAGUGCCGAUUUAGAGACCGUCCGAGAGUCGUUGUGUCUGCCCUGUGAAGAAAGCCGAAAAAGUGGAGAGAAAAAGCUGAAAAAGCAGCUGAAACACACACACAUACCAAACACGUCGGGUUCGUUCCGAUUUGCACAACUUCCAGGCGCAUCGUACAAUUUGGCAAAUUCCCGGAAUUACUAUCGAUUUUUUCCCGAAUUUUCUCCCCCCAAGCCCUUUUCAGACACGAAACAAACACCGCCCACCCACGACGUCCCAGACUGCACAGAAAAAUUUUUUGAUUAAAAAAAAGCUGUUUUGCUCAAAAUGGAAUUGCAGAUCGAACAGCCGUGACCGAAAGCGUUCGCCGCGCCGUCGUUCUUCCAGAAGUCGCUCGCGCGACCGUCGUCAACGCUCCAGAAGCCGGGAUCGACGACGUCGCCGCUCGCCGAGUAAGGAUCGCAGAAGAAGUCGCAGUCGCGAUCGAGGCGGAUAUCGACGACGUUCCAGGUAAGGAAAUAGCCUAAAGAUCCAUUGUUUUAAAAGAGUCAAAAUGUUCAAACUAAUUUUUGCAGAACCCGUUCUCCAAUCCGUCGUCGUUCUCCACCACGCCGCCCACGCAUAGUCGACCAUCGAGAUCGUCGUUCGCCGCGCAGAAGUCCGCCGCCAAGAAGUACGUUUAGAGUCAAACCCUCUGAGUCAAAAAGUGUUAUUUGUGAUAAAAAUCACCGUGGUAAUUCUUCGAUUUUCAGGCCGUCUGCCAGGUCCGGAACGUCGUGACGUGAUGCCAUUCAACCCGCGCCAUUCGCCCCCGAAAAACGCGAAAUUGGAGUUGACGGCCGAAGAGAGGGACCAGAGGACCCUGCUGAUCAUGCAAAUUGCUCGCGAGACCCGCCCGCGCGACCUUGAAGAGUUCUUUUCGGCGGUCGGUGCCGUGCGGGACGUGCGAAUCAUUACGGACUCGCGAACGGGCCGCUCCAAGGGCAUCUGUUACGUGGAAUUCUGGGACGAAGAGUCGGUCCCGCUCGGAUUGGCCCUGAACGGACAGAAACUGAUGAAGGCGCCGUUGCAGAUCCAGAGAACGUGCGCCGAACGGAACCGCGCGGCCAAUGCGACGAUGGCCUCCUCGCUGGGAUUUGUGGCUGCCGGACAGAAGGGACCGGCGAAACUGGUGAUGGAGAACAUCCACCCGAAGAUCACCGACUCCAUGCUCAGAGACGUUUUCGAAUCGUUCGGACGCAUCGAGAAGUUGCAGUUGGACACGGACCCGAGUGGUGAUUGCAAGGGAACCGGAUUCAUUGAGGUACGCGAGCCUUUUCUGCAUUGCGCAGUACUGAAACCAGGCGUAGCCAGGUGGCAGGCUUGUUUCUAAAAUAUAUUUUUUAAUCAAAACAAAAUUUUUGCAGUUCCGAAACGCGGAAGACGCGCAAAAGGCGUGCGAGCAGCUGAACAACUUUGAGCUUGCCGGCCGUCAAAUCCGUCUCUCGAUCAAACACGAGUCGUCGUCGAAGAAGGAAGAGGCAUCGAUUCAUCAGAGAUCGCUGGACGACGUCGGCAACCGACAGGGCUUCUCGCUCGGAGCAGGCGGACGUCAGCAGCUGAUGGCGAAGCUCGCGCAAGGCACCGGAUCGGGCAUGGAACUGACGGCGGUGGCGCAGCAGGCGGCCCAGCAUGCCGGCAACUCGCAGAUUCCCUCGAUCGCCACACAAUGUUUCCUGCUCUCGAACAUGUUCGAUCCGACGAAGGAGACUGAACCGAACUGGGACCACGACAUCCGCGAAGACGUCAUCGAGCAGUGUCUGCAGCACGGCGGCGCCCUCCACGUCUUUGUCGACAAGGGCUCCGAGCAAGGCAACGUGUACGUGAAGUGUCCGUCGAUUGCGAUCGCGCAUCAGGCGGUGAGCGCCCUGCACGGACGCUGGUUCUCUGGCAAAGUGAUCACGGCGAACUAUGUGCCCGUCAACUCGUACCACGACCUGUUCCCCGAUGCGAUGCUCUCGCGAGCGGUCCUCUCGACCAGGGUGCCGCCGCCAGUCGUCGUCGUCGCCCCGCCCACUAUGCCGCCGCAUGCGAUGCCUCCUAAUGUGAGUGCUUUUCUUUGUGUAUCUUGAAGAAAAAUUGGGAAUAAUGAGGCUUAUAAGGAAGGAGGAAAGGAGGGAGCAAUUUGUUCUUUUCAAAUAGAACAAAUUUGCAUUAAAGAAUCGAUUCACAAUAUUUUCCAGUUUUCCAAAUGAAAAUUUUAAUUUGACUAUUUUUGCAGGGCUUCGUGUACGGAAUUCCGCCAGGAGCACCGCCAGCGCCGUACGGAGGAUACUAUUAG